AUGGUGCUCGGGGCUAUGGUGAUGGCUGUGGCUGCAAGCCUGGCUCAAGGGUGUUCCAGGGCAUACUAUGAGGAUGCCGCCGGCCACCACUACACCGGGCGCACGAUGGAUUGGACGGAGGCCACGAAGGCCAAAAUCUGGGCCUUUCCCAAAAACAUGAAGAGAGACGGAGGUGUGGGUCCCGGUUCGCUUGAGUGGACCUCGAAGUGGAACUCAGUGGUGACAUCAAUGUACGAUAUGGCCUCCGUGGAUGGCAUCAAUGAAAAGGGGCUGGUCGGUAGCCUCCUUUACUUGGUGGAGUCGGAUUAUGGGAACGAACACCGUGAUGCUCAGAAGAAACUCUCCGUCGGCGGCUGGCUGCAGUACGUGCUGGACUCCUUUGCCACGGUUCCGGAAGCAGUGGCGGCCUUGCAGUCGGAUGCCGUGAACAUCAUCGCACCAGAUCUUCCCAGUGGAGACGCUGCCGCUGCGCACCUUGCCCUUUCAGAUGCCUCAAACGGGUCUGCAAUCCUCGAGUACAUCUCCGGCCGCCUCGUCAUUCACAAUGGCUCCCAGUACAAAGUGAUGACCAACUCGCCACCCUACGACGAGCAGCUGGCGCUCACAGCCUAUUGGGAAGGAGUCGGGGGGAAUACUUUUCUCCCAGGAACUCAUCGGGCGGCCGACCGCUUCGCACGUUUGAGUUUCAACCUGCAUGCGGUUCCUAAAGCCAGUACUUCCCAGCUCGCAGUGGCCACUGUCUUCUCCCUCGUGCGAUCAAUCUCCGUGCCUCUGGGUCUAGCAGAUCCUCGCCACCCGAAUUUGGCCUCGACGAGGUGGCGAAGCGUCACCGAUCACACCAAGGGCAAGUAUUACUUCGACUCCGUCAUCAAUCCCAGCGUCUUCUGGGUGGACAUGGAGAACAUCGACUUCACCGGAGUGGACUUUCAGGCCUACAAGAUGCAGAAGCAGCUGCGACUGACCAUCGACUACGCCAGGAGAGCUGUUCUGACGGCUGCACAGCUGGAGGAUUCGAUCGGCAAGGCCAGCGCUCUUGCCAAUCAAACUGUCGGUCGCAGCGCCCAGUUUCUAAACCUUCCAGGCUUUCCUCCGGCUGGACUCUGGCGGCCGCCUCCGCCCAAAGGCUUCGGCGAGCGCCCGUCAGACAUGGCCCCCGCGUUCCUGGACUUCAUGUACCAG